AGAGGGUGGUGGAGAGGAGAGAGGGACACGGAGAGAGGAGGAAGGGAGAGCGACAGAGGGAAGCAGGGCUGAUGGGAGCCAGAAGGGAACGAGGGAAACGGGGAAGAGAGGAGACGGAGGGACCGAGUUCGAGAGACAGCGGACGACACGGAUGCAGGGGGGAGAGGGAAGAUGUAGGAGAGCGAGGGUGGGCUCAGAGAGGAGGAGAAAACGUCGUGGAGGGUUGGAGGCGGGGGCGGGGGGUGUAGGCAGGCGGUGUCGGGGCAGGAGGUGGCGUGAGUCUUAGCUACAGAGAUCCCGCUCAUCCCCAGACCAUACUCCUCGCCCUGUGGUCACCCAUCGAGUCUGUCACCAAACAUCACUCGCGCAGCACAAGUCGCCUCUGCCGGUUCACUAUGGGCACCACGGACGUCAAGACCGUGGUGCUUAUCACCGGUUGCUCGUCUGGAAUCGGACUGGAGCUGGCGGCCAGGAUGGCGCAAGAUCCCAAUCAACGAUACACGGUGAUCGCCACGAUGCGAAACCUGGAGAAGCGUGGCCAGCUCGUGGAGGCUGCGGGAGCGGCGCUCGGCUCCUCGCUGCUCGUGCAGCAGCUGGACGUGUGUAGCGACGACUCCGUGCGGGACUGCCUCGCUGCCGUGCCGGGAGGUCGGGUGGACGUGCUGGUGAACAACGCGGGCGUGGGUCUCAUCGGUCCCGUGGAGGGCCACACCAUGGAGGAGAUCAAAGCCGUGUUCGACACCAACUUCUUCGGCGUCGUGCGGAUGAUCAAGGCCGUACUGCCCGACAUGAAGCGCCGGCGCAGCGGCCACAUCGUGGUCAUCAGCAGCGUCAUGGGCCUGCAGGCCGUGGUGUUCAACGAUGUCUACGCGGCCUCCAAGUUCGCCGUGGAGGGUUUCUGCGAGGCGCUCGCCAUGCAGUUGGCCAAAUUCGACAUCCACGUGACGCUGGUGGAGCCGGGCCCCGUGCACACCAAGUUCGAGACGAAGCUCUUGGCCGACGCGUCCCGCGAGGAGUUCGCGGGCGUGGACGCCGAGACGCUGCAUCUCUUCCGCGACGUCUACCUCCCGGCGUCGCGCGACAUCUUCCGGACGCUCGGCCAGACGCCCGGCGACGUCGUGAAGGCCGUGAUGAGGGUGAUCGCCAGGGAGCGCCCCCCGUUCCGCUACCAGACGAAUCCGCUCUACACGCCGCUCACGGCGCUCCGGCACGCCGACGACACGGGGCAGCUAUCGGUACAGACGUUCUACCGCCUGCUCUUCCACCACGGCGCCGUCUUCCGCGCGUCGCUCGCCGCGCUGCGCUGCCUCACCUGCAGCUGCUGCCGCGCCGCUCACUCGGACGCGUGACAGCUCACCUGGCGGAGGGGGGGGGCGGGGAACGUGGGGGGGGGGGGGUAGAGUGGAGUGACCGGCGCGGUGAGGUAUGGUUAAAUAAAGCCCCCCCCCCCCACACACACAGAAAUGGGGAGGCUAACUUAAGAUUUUGUAACUCUGUGUGUACGUAUGUAUGUUGAACUUCUUUCGCACCGUACGUAGCCGACCGCGCUAUAGGCGAGCGGUUGACCCAAUACCACACGCAGUCUUUGCGAUCCCGCCGAUGUGUCCGACUUGAGGAGUUCACCGAUCGUCUCCGAGUGCAGGCGAGGUCGUCACUUGCGCGUGCCCGAGGAGUGGUGCGCGUGCCCGAUGAGUGGUGCGCGUGCACGUGUGACCCACGUGACGUAGAGGCGGAGCUAUGGCACAGCGGUCGUGAACCCGUGAACAGGAUUUUAAUUCCCGCUCACGGCCAACACCAAAUCUAACCCCCAAAAAAACAUCCUAACCCAAAAACCUCUAUGAUUAUACCUACUAUGAUCACCCAGGAAUAUCCUUAACGCUGGUGACGUAACUGAACGUUGACCAGCUCCCCUCAUUAAUAAUCAUGAACAGGUGACGUCCUCCAAAUGGACCCCCCCCCCCAUUCAUAAUAAUUAGCGGCUGACGUCACUCCACAUGGGGGGGC